AAGUCUCGAUGUUAACGAGGGGUUUUACCUAACCUGCAGGAUCUCAGUUCAGUCAAAUUUGGCACAAGUGAAAACGCCGCUUACGUUGGCUAUUUGUAGUUAUGUCGCAGUGGAAAUACAUCGUUGAUGCAAGUUUUUCAAUGUUCCCUUGUUUCUUUAUCUAGCGGAAGGUGCACUCUACAAUUAUGGAGUUUUGAAAAGCAAAGUGGGAUUAUUUGGGGGGAAAGGAGGGCUCCCCUCAAGUUUGGUGGUUGGAGUGCCAAAUGUAAAGUUUAGAGAGUUGUUAAAAUUUUUGCCUUUUGUAAAUAUUCAGAUAAGAUAUUUUUGCAAGUGCACAAUUUUGUAUAAAAUAUAUAAAAGAUUUUGUAUUUAUUGAGUUCAUGCUGCCAGCACAUGCUGGAAACUGCUUGAUUUGUGUUAGAUCCUCGGUCGAAAUGGUGGACUGAGGUGAAUCGAGCAAAGGCUCUGGGGUUGCUAGGGUGCGGUGGAACUUCAACACAAGCACAAGUCUAGCACUCCAACCCAUCUCGACUAGUUCUUGACACUUUUUUUUUUUUCUUUGGAGAGAAUCUCUGCUUUCAGUGACAGUUUUAUUGGUUUGUUUCCGCACUUAGCGUAGUUUUCGAGUUCAUUUGUAAUUGAGGGUGGUGGGCUGUCACAAGGGCUUUGUCACACAAGAGGAGAAGGUUUCACAGUAAAAAAAAAAUUGGCUGAGGUCAGGAUGAAUCUGGUGCCGCUGGACUGCACCCCAAAAUGCCGGUCACAGCAGCAUGCAGACCAGGUGAUAGCCGCCCUAACUGGAGGAUCUGAGGGAAAGCUGCGGGCGUUUCUAACCGCACACUGCCACAACGCAACCGCCCUGCGAGAUGCCUUCGGCCGUACCGCCCUGCAUAUGGCGGCCUCGCUGGGAAAGAAGGCCCUGCUGGAGUGGCUGCUGGAGAGCAGGAGUGCUGAUCUGAUGCUGAAGGAUAAGGAGUCCGGCUGGACCGCCCUGCACCGCAGCGCUUUCUAUGGCCACAUCCACUGUCUCGUAUCACUGGUCAAGCAUGGUGGGACUCUUUCCACCCUGGACAAGGAUGGUCUCUCUGUUCUGGACCUGACGAUGAAGGACCGACCAGAACACGUCCUCUUCAAACGCAGCUACCCAACAGAAGUAUACACGUGGGGAAACAAUACUAAUUUUAGCCUCGGCCAUGGCAAUCAGGAGAGCCGGCAUCACCCUGAGAUUGUGGAUGUAUUCGCCAGGACUGGAGUUUAUAUUAAGCAGGUGGUGCUGUGUAAGUUCCACUCUGUGUUCCUGUCCCAAAACGGCCAAGUAUUCACCUGUGGACAUGGACAGGGAGGGAGACUUGGCCAUGGAGAUGAACAGACCUACCUGGUCCCUCGAAUGGUGGAGGGCUUAAUGUCCUACCACUGCUCCAUGGUGGCAGCGGCUAAAGACCACACAGUGGUGCUGACGGAGGAGGGCUAUGUUUUUACGUUUGGUCUCAACACCUAUCACCAGCUGGGCCUAAAUCCUCCUCCGGCCUAUGCACACGUUCCUAAACAGGUUUACUCCAAAAGCCUGAAAGGUACAACGGUGAUCGGAGUUGCAGCAGGGAGGUUCCACACGGUGCUGUGGUCCAGUCGGGCCGUGUACACUAUGGGACUCAAUGGAGGGCAGCUGGGACACACGCCGAAUCCAAACGGGGAGAAGCGGACGACAGCCCCCCGGGAGGUGUCGGGUUUUUAUCCUAGGUUUUCUAACUUUGCCAUGGCAUCAGCGAGUGAUGGAGCGACAGCAGUGGUGACUCAGGGGGGGGAUGUGUUUCUGUUGGCGGACUACCAGUGCAAGAAAAUGGCCACAAGGCCGCUCAACAUCACCAAGGUGCUGGUUAGUGGUGGCACUCUGGACUACAAAGCCGAUCCACAAACCUUAGACGAGGGAGGAGGGGAAAAGAUGUCCAUUUUGGGAUUAGAUAUAUUAGGGAGGGUGUUUUGCUGGCGCUCCUCUGGCAGCACUGUGAGACAGUGCAAGUGGGCGUAUCCACGCCAGGUUUUCAUGUCGGAUAUCGCUUUGAGCAAAAACGGCAUGAUGUUUGUGACUCAGAGCGGGGAGGCCUUUAGUGGUUCGUGGGCCGGGGAGUGCAAGAAGUACGUCGAGAAGAAAGAUGUCUCUGUGGAGGUCUGUGGCCACUCAGAUGCUGCCACCAUGUAUGAACGAGUCCGCUUGGAGAGACUCCCGUUCGUCCACAGAGCUAUCAGCAUCACCAUGGACUCCAGCGGGCGGAACUUUGGAGUGCUUCAGACCGAUCCCAAAACCAGCUUGUAUGAGGUUCCCAGUAUCUCUCCAUCCUCACUGUCCCAACACUUGCGGAACCUUCUGGAAGAAGCCGACGAAACGGACAGCAUCCACGAUGUGACGCUCCAAGCUGGGGAUCGCACCUUCGCGGCUCACAAGUACAUUCUGUCCAUGAGGUCCGAGUUCUUCCGGAGGCAGUUCGCGUCGGCCCACUGCGGCGUGGACGACGAGCUCGACAAGGAAGUGAGGAGGAGCGAGGACGCCGUGGGCUGCGACUUACUCAUUCUGGACAAAAUCCCAGCGGACGUGCUGGAACACGCCCUCCACUUCAUCUACACUGACUCCUGUGAUCUGCUGGUGCAUGGGGCCAGGCCCAGAAUCUCAGGGGCCUCAACAGAACCGAAUGAGGAUUCAGAGCAGGAGAGGCGUAUCAGCAGCCUGCAGGACCUGGAUCUGAGAGGACAAUCAGCCCUCGAAGUGUACCGCUCCCUCCCCCCCUCCACCAAAGGUGAGAACAACAGGCCCAAAAACAAGAGUUCCAAGCCUGGCAAAAGGGGAAAAGGAGGAAAAGGUGACAAGGCCGGAGACAACGAGGGAGGGACCAACCCCGUGAAGGCCUUACAGGCUGUUGCAAAAAAGCUAGGCCUGAGCAGCCUGUGUGCACGACUGGACGGCGUCAAGCUUGAAAAUGGAAGAAUUAAUGUUGUAAACAAGAAAACCGGCAGCAAACCCAAAUUCUACCAGAAAAAAUGCUCCUAUCUCUGUGAUGUCACACUGAAAUCUGACGAUGGGAAAGAGUUCCCGUGUCACAAAUCCAUCCUCUGUGCAAGACUUGAGUAUUUCAACAGUAUGCUUGGGAACCCUUGGAUUGAGGCGACAUCCUGCUCAGCUCUGGAGCUGCCUACCAGCUCUGAGAUCCUGCAGGUCAUUCUUGAGUACAUUUAUACCGACGAGUCUCCCACCGUUAAAGAGUCUCUGAACGUGGAGUUUGUCUGCAGCGUGCUGGUGGUGGCCGACCAGCUGCUCAUCACGCGGCUGAAGGAGAUGUGCGAGGUCGUCAUCACAGCCAACCGUACGCUGACGCUGAAAAACGCUGCGGAGCUGCUGGAGUUUUCCACCAUGUACAAUGCAGGGCAGCUGAAACUGUCCUGCCUCCAGUUCAUCGUCCUCAAUAUGGCCGCCCUGCUGGAGUCGAAAGCUCUUGAUAUUCUUAGUGAUGAAGUACUGGUGGAGCUUUCUGCAGCCUACAAAAGAAUGAUCCCGGCCAUGCAGAAGCGCAUCAUCACCCCGUACCCUGCUGCUCCAGACCUCAGUGUUUAUGAGGAGGAGGAUUUGGACUCUGCCUUCUCCCCCAAACCACAAGAAGAACUGGAUCACUCUUGCAGGGAGAUUCUGUUAAAGAAGGCAAAGAUGAAGGCUAAGAAGAAACCAAGGAGACGCUCUGACAGUUCGGGGGGCUACACUCUCUCAGAUAUCAUACAGAGCCCACCAGCUGCAGUGGUAUUGCCUGUCCUGGGAAAGUCGAACAAGGCCACCUCCACGGAAUCCCUGCAUGAGCUCCUGACGUCCGAUUCAGAGGGCAGCUACAUGGGCGUGGGCAGUCCAAGGGACAUGCAGUCACCCGUCUUUCAUGACAGAACCGAGGAUGAAAAGGCUUCCAGUAAGAAACUGAAGACUUCACCCAGCACCCCAAUUUCCUUGAAGAGCAGCCUCCCGACUCCCCCUGCCUCCAUUCCACAAACCAUCCACAAAGUCCUACCACACCGCAGUCCUGCUAAUCCUCCUCCAGUUUUGGAUCUGAGAGCCAUAAUGGACAUGGAGGCCAAUUGUUUGCAGUCCACAGGGGCGACCCCUAAAAGCCCUGGAAGCGUCAGCACCAACAUCAAGCACUCCCCAGUUUCCACCAAACUGUCUCAGAAACAGAGGAAGAUGUUGGCCAUGGCCAGCAAGGAGGCCAGUGGGGAUUCUCCAGCCGCCAAAGCAGCCCCCGCAAACACCCCAUCCAAAAGCAGUGGGAAGGCCUGGGCGACGUCCGUCCAGUCCCCGCCCUCCUCGUGUUCGUUUCGGGCUCUGCUGGAGGAGGAAGAGAGCCGCUUGACCAGCCUGGGACAAGCGGGAGUGCAGAGGGGCCAGAGUGGCCUGGGCUCCCCCGUCAGUGCUGCCCCUGCGGCCAGGAGGGUCACAUUCAAACGCGCCGAAACCAGCGAGCAAGAAAGGCCCAGCGGGCCCUGGGUAAUGGGUGCAGUGGGCAGUCCUCCCCCCUCCUCCCUGGUGACCUUUGCUUCCAUCGUGGAGGAGGAGAAGCAGCAGGAGGCGGCGCUGAUCCGCAGCCGAGAGAAGCCGCUGGCGCUCAUCCAGAUUGAAGAGAGAGCCAUACAGGACCUUCUGCUCCACUAUAAGGCGCGCGAUAACCCGGACGAGUGGAUAGUGGUGGAGAGGUCUCCCAGAGGUCCAAUGGCUGCCCCGACAUGGCACAAACACUGAUCUGAUCUGAUCUGAUCCAGCUGCAGCUCCCCUCCCGCAUAUCAGCGCUUAUCCCGGCCCAGUUCCACACAAGUCUGAGGCAGACCUUUGGCUCUCUUCUCUCCGUUUGGUGUUUUUGUUUAUAUCUGAGAAGAGAAUGAGUGCUUUCCAUUUCUGACUGUGGUCUUUUAAAGAGAAGUUUUGGGGCCUGGGAAUACCAUUUCAUUUAUUCUCAACAAAACAAUAAAAAAAAAAAAACAAGUUUAAAAGAAAACUACA